AUGACAACACAAACAACAAAAGGCGUGAUGGAAGACGAAAGCUCGGGCAAUAAAAUUUUAAAGUAUCUUCGUAACAUCAAAACUAGAAGGUCGAGCUUACGCCUUUUCAACAAGAUCGCUGCAAAACUGCCCCACUCACUUACUGCAGAAGAUACUCGACAUCCACUAGGAGCAUUUGUUGUGUUCUCUGACGAAGUCCUUUUCCAUAUUUUCCUUUACAUUCCCCUUCGAGAUCUUGGCUCGCUGGCUUUGUCAUCUAGACUGAUGAGAGACAAGCUGAUAACGUUUCACUUUAGUAAGCAAGCAUUGGUUGCUUUAAAACCACGAAUUUUUGAACAAAAAGAAGGCAAGAAAGACACAGUGAAAGAAAAAGAGUAUUCAAACCAUUUCUUAAACUUGGGUAUUUUCCUAAAAAAACUGACAUGCCUCUUUACCACCAGAGAAAGGCUUAAGAUCGUUGGAGAGUUGUUAGAAAAGCUUAAGGAUACGCAUACUGCGCUCUACAAAAAUUAUGGUUGCGAUACAGCAUACCGUUGCUAUGGUAGUAUGUUGCACGCUUUUAUUAACGGCUGGGAAUUGGACGAGAAAAAUCGAGCAUUUAUUGCCAUUAAAGCUGCUUCUAGCGUUGAUGAGCGUUUGCAAGAAGCGCUAGAGAAAGGUUUUGGUUCAAGACCUUGGUACGAGAAGUAUGUGCGUGUGUUCUACCGUGAAAUAUUCCUUGAUCAGUCUGUGGAUGACAGUGAGCGAGGUUUCUGGUUGUGUCGCAUGAUUUCACCACUUCCUCUGUUUCAUCAAGCACGUUUGCUUUACAUGCUUUAUGGUCCAGAGGACGACAAUGAUGAAUUGAUUGAUUGGAAUCGAGUGUCAACCAACCCCACAUUCUUUGGUGUUGAUAAUAAAGACGUUGCUGGGAUUGCAUUGGCUUUAAUGAGUUUAUACAAUCAUAGUGACAAGAAAAGAAACCAUAAUAAUAUCGUCAGUAUCAUUGAAGAGCUUAUCAAUGGAUGGUGCUGGGAGAACAUCGCUAAACUGUUAAGACUUUGCAGUGAUGAAAUAUGUUUUGAUUUUCUGAGCAGCAAAGCGAUCAAUGGACGAAUACAAGAGGUUGUGAACAUUUUUUUCUACAUUGCGCAGGUAAUUUAUGCAAAAACAUUUGAGGAUAGAAUUAAUGGAAAGGACUGUCAAAGAUAUCUAAAAUGGUUUGUAUUCAUAGUCCAACGAGUCUUAAACGUGAUGACGUGUCUAAAACAACGAGCAUUGUUGGUUCGAUCCUUGUUUGACAUUUGGGAAGAAAAUUUACUUAACUUUCAUGAUGAUGAAAAUGCUUUCACAGAAGAUGACAGUGCUCUUGGUGAAAUCUUUAAUGCAUCUGUUCAUAUCUUGGCAAAAGUAAGCUGCAUGUUAUUUCUUGAAAAGUUCGAUAUUUGUCCUGGAGAUGAGAAAUAA